ACAGAAGUUUUAGUGUUUCAUGUGAUAGUCACAAAGUUUCCUGAGAGACCAAAGGUCCAUCUUGUCCUCUUUCUUGCAUUUGAUUUCAUACCCUCUCACGAUGGCAACCAGACAAGAACUUUUUAUUUUGCUCUCUAUGCUUGGUUCUGUAUGUGCGCUGUACAAGCAGUGGGUUCCAGACACCAACUUUGAAAAUUCAACUAACUGGGACAAAGGUUCUGUUCCAUGUGGAAGUGACCAAGUGGUGUUUCCAGCCUCUGGGAAAGUAGCUGUGUAUGUGGCGGCAUCUCAUACACUAUCUGGAAUGAGUCUGCCUGUGGACGGAGAGUUUAUUCUGGCCUCAGGAGCUGGUUUUUCUAUUAGAGAAGGUCAGGAUCCUGGCUGUGGGGCAGGUGGCACAAUCCGUUUUAGAGACCCUGACUCUUUGAAGUGGUUCGAUCCAGCUUUGUGGAAGGGUGCUUCCUCAUUAGAUCAUCUACAGACUGGGCCUUAUCUCUUCUUUGUUCAUGAAGAGAGUUUACCAUGCCAGCAUGAUGAUGUAGUUUUCCGGGAUGGCUCAUCUUUCCGUGUAGACGUAUCAGCACAUGAGAGCAGCAUUUCUGUGAAGAGCGUUUCAGUGCUGGGGAAGAAGUUUAGUGACAACUAUGACUUCUCUCAGUAUGCCAGUUCCCAAUUGGGGAAGCUGCAGUUUCAUGGAUCUUCAUCAGUUACAGUCAGUGGAUCAGCCUGCCAUGAUAGUACAGGAUGUGAGUGUGGAAAUUCAGGCAACCAUGACCGGAUAUGCUCGAGUGUCAAGUGUUCACAGCUGGACUGCAAGAAACCGUUGUACCCAGUGGGACACUGCUGUGAAGUUUGCGGUGCCAUCGUGGCUAUACAUUUCUCUGACAGCUUUGACAUCGAAUCUUACCGCCAGCGUGUGCAGCACCUCUUCCUCGGCUUGUCCAAGUAUAAAUCCAUUCGAAUGGCUUUGUCGAAAGUCUCGAAACCUCAAAAACUGAUGCAAGUCAUUCCUUAUGGAACCUCCCAGGAGAUCCAGGUGGUUCUGCUAGAUGAAGAUACUGGCCCACAGGCUGGAAAGCUGGCUGAGGCUCUUGCACAGGAUAUAGUAAGAGACAUCAAUGCUCAAUCUUUUCAUCUGGGCAUAGACAGUGCAGAGUAUCAAGCAUCUUCAGGAGCAAGCAGUGGUGAUGCAUCUGGAAUAAGUGGAGGAGCGGUAGCUGGGAUUAUCCUGGGUAUUCUGGCUGUGAUAGCUUUCCUGGCUCUGUUUGUAGUUCUUCACCGCCGAGGCAGGAUUAGGGUGCCAAAUUUACCCUCAUUGAGUAGCUGGAGGAAGGGCAGUGAGCCUGGUGAUCUGGGUGGGCCUCUAGACCAUGGUUUUGACAACCCUAUGUUUGAGAAACUGAACAGUUUGCCAGAGAUCCCAGGGCUGUAUGGAACAGAGAGUCUAAAUAGUAUAACCUUAACACAUUCAGGAGUGCACUUUGUGAAUCCUGUGUAUGAUGAAACUGACUUUAAUGCAUGAUGCUGAUUAAAUUGUAAGUCACUUCUCAAGCAAUUCAUUGAUUUAUGCUGUUGUCACUAACUAAAAUGUAAAAUGUAAAGCCUUUCAAAAAUUGUGUAGUUAAAUAACAGUAGUAAUGAUUAGAACAUUUGGUUGGCUCAUUGUCUCAGUCAUGUUAUGUCAAGGAAAAUCAUUCAAAUUUAUUAAGAUUUUAAAAUCAAACAAAUGAAAUAAAAUGAAAAAUCA